GCAUCAGAAGUCGAUGGCGAAACCAGCAGCAUACGACUUGUGAUUCGCAUGCCAUUUGAUAAAUGUAAGAUGUCCAAGAAAUUCCGAGCGCACAUAGCGCAGAAUUUGACACGCUUUAGGACUUUAUUAUUCCGAUGCUCCCUGUUCACAAAUUCCCAUCAAACCCGUCUUGACACCUCCCAACGGCUCUCGGGAGGUUCUCACAGUCAACGAGCUUGCUCUAGCCACAUUGCGAGCGGCAUCACCUGAGGCUCACAACUCUUCUCGAUCGGCCGCCAAACAGUAGACACCGAUCAAGAGAAACGAGAGCAUCAUGACACACCUCAUUGAGAUGCAGCUAAUGGUAGCCUCUAUGGCCUGUGCGAAAGUGCUGGCGUUUUCUUCGUUCCCGGUUCCGCCCAUUUCUCUCGGCAAAAACGAUCAGAUCGAUAGUCGCACGCAGGUGCAUGCUUGGUCUUUUCUGGUCUCGGCAACUGAUAAUUUACGUUCGCUGAACUGGUAUGACGAUGUUGGCAAUCCAUGCCGGCGAAAGGAAUUGUACAAUGAUGAACCUUUUGAAUUCAUCUUUGCGAUUGGACAAGACUGGCCAAAUAAUGUCGACGUACUGGUAGACGCAGCCCCCACCUUGUCGCUUGCUUCGCGUGGGCGGUCCUUUUUGUCCAAGACUACAAAAUUCGCAUGUCGCGUCCUGGGUCGCCCUCCUUCUGUUUCAAAAAUCCGGCGAGAAGAUAACCUUCCAAUACACUAUUAGAAAGAAAGCCGUCUUUUGACGGUGCGUGUAAAAGUAACGACAACACAAGCGAACCAAACCCGAUGAAAGAAGAAAGACGGUUUGCCGCCGAGGCUUUUCGCUAUGCCACUGUCAAACCGAACACCCUAUACAUGUAGAAACAAUCCAGGCGACACUAACAGAGUACUAUCCAGAGCAUGUUUCAAAGAAGUUUCUCUACCGAAAUCGCACAGCGUUGAUAGUGCGUGACUGGCGAUCACACUUGGCGUCUCAUAUAUCGAUUCUGAAACAAAGUUGACACCUUUUUCAACCGUUUGUCGUCUCCCCAACAAGACCUUGCCUCCACAACGCCAACGUGUAUCUACUCAGAAAUCAGCAAGUCGUCUUUGUCUUGAUGAGCAGAAUCGCUGAUUACACAAAAUACAGGACGAACCUUCCACCGUCCUUCAAUGAACAUGAAAUUUCGCGUGCAACCAGAGUUUUUGGGGCUCAUCUUUGCAAGUGAAUCUGUAGGCUUUCCUUCAUUGAGACAUCAUUCGCCAGAGCUGGAACGAUACGUCUAUCGGCAUGGACAUUUCCCGGGCAAUUGAAUUCCGAUAUCUUAGGUUCCCCGGAAUGGUAACAGAAUAUUGGAAACGCGUGUUACGAACCUGGGCGACGUGAUAGUGAAAACUACGGGAUGUAAGGUGACAGAAAUAGCCGCCGAAUUUUUUUCGAUAAUUGGCUCAAAAUGACGUUGGAACUUCCUUUCCUUUCCUAUCACACAGCAGAAAAGGAUCGAUUCACAGUUUACCUUUUUGAUUAUACAGGAAUAGCGUACUUUGAGAAGCCAAAGAUUGACGAUGUCAUCCAGUAAGAAGUACGAAGAAGAUGGAAGGCUCUUCGUCGGGCAGCAUCCUGAGUAUGCCGAUGAUGGUAUAACCACAAUGGUGGAGAAUGAGGGAUUUGUUGGCACUAGAUAAACAUUCAUCGAUGUGAAUUUUCUUCCGAAUGUACCCUUUUGGGAUACUUUGCGGUUACAGCAUUCCAACAAGUGGAAGCCUAACGGAGAAUCAUGCAAAAUGAACAAUCCGUUUGAUGCCACUACGGCGAUGUUCAAAUUUGACAUAAGAUUGAAAAGCUAACGAGAGCAGACUAUAAUAGGCAAAGAGACUUUCCAUUUUUGGCGC